AUGGAGGGAAAAGGGCAGGAGCAGAACGCUCGUCAGAGAGCCAAUGUGCGUCACGGGGUGAGACCCCCCAUUGUGGAACCCUCAAAGCAACCCCAGAACUCUACCGCAUCAAAGUCGAGCAGUCGUUCAAAGUUCUUCGCUUUUUCAUGCUUCUUUAUUGCUUUUUUUGUAGUGGGAGUCAUUGUUUGUUCCCACUUCCUGAGGCCAAAAUCUGCCUCAGUUUUGCCGGCCAACCUGGAAGAGCUCUUUGCUCGAGCUGCACACCUAGUAAUCCCAAGCAAACCAAUUGAUCAAACAACUUCAUCGGAGCCGGAGCAGCGGAAAAUGGCCCCACUGACGGAGCUCAAGACAUCAGUUGUUAAGCCAGGGUCAGGACCGACGGUUGCAAAGGGGCAGCGUGUUACCGUCCAUGCAACUGGAUCCGUUUUGCAGCCGGAUGGAACUACGAAGAAAUUCUGGUCCACGAAGGAUCCAGGCCAGCAGCCCUUCACUUGGCAAGCAGGACUUGGCCAGGUGAUUGCAGGUUGGGAUCAAGGGGUACUUGGCAUGAACCAGGGAGAAACAAGGAUGAUAUACAUUCCAGCAAGAAUGGGAUACGGCCAGAAUGGAUUUCCAGCCUGGGGCAUCCCGCCUAACGCUGAUCUCCAGUUUGAAAUAGAAUGUCUGCAGAUCCAGUGA